UCAGAAUAAGGAAAUAAGGAGAAUGGAAGAUUACAGUGACACUGACGGAUGGAACGUGGAUACCUUAAAAUCCCCACAACGCAUAAAAAGAAAUGUAUGUUCCAAAGCCGCUAGUAAUGGUGUUGACCAUGAUUUUAAUGACAUGCUUACCUAUGCGCAGGAAACGCUUGUAGAGCCACCAUUACAACAACCACAACCCCAUACUUUCACUGCUUUCACUUUACCAUCAUCACCGGGCUACCAAUAUCAGCAAUCGCAGAUAUCAUCAUCGUACCAGCAACCAAUACUACACGUACGCUUUUUUGAAACAGUUACAAUCCCCUGAGGAAGUCGCGGAAGUUGAUAUUCGCAGUUUACUAAAGAAU